ACAAAAUGGUAAAUAUGGUCUAUUUUUAGCUAUUUGUUGAACAUAAAAUAAGUUUAACAUAAUUUAUAAAAUGUAUGUAAGAAUUGGGUUAGGUUACUAUUACUACAACUUUCCAUUCUUGAACCGAAUCAUUUUCAAUAGUUUUUGUCCUUGGGUCAAGAUACGCUGGCGUUCCAAAUUUCACAACACGGACAAACGGACAGACAAGCUUCAUAAGCUGAUUCUGUGUCCAAUGGUGUAAUGAGCAAUGGGUCUCUCCCAAGUGCUGUCCUUGUCUCAUAGGUUGCGCAGGGUAUAACAAGUGCGUGUGUAAUCAAACUUCGUCUUCUCAAAGAUUUUAAUUUUUUAAUUUUCAGUUUUCCAAACCUUGUUAGACCGAAAGUAUGUAAAACGAUUAGUUUGUAGGUAGCAUAUGAGAUAUAGUUGCCUACAAAAUACAUGACUGUAUAUAGUUUUUUCUUUAUCUUUAUUAGCCUUGCUUUGUUUGUUUAUCAUGUCGUGUUUGUUUUCUAUUUGUUAUCAUUUUUCUAAGUACUACCGAAGAGCGGAGUUAUUCUCAACUUAUGCUUUCUUUCGCAACGCCCAACUCAAUAAGUCACGAAGACUGCUGGCGGUACAUUCACUGUUGAUUAGCUUAAGACUGUUGUUAGCGGAAUUACUUUUGUUCAUGAUUUCAUUUGUUUGCCAUCGAUUGACAUAAAUCAUUCUAAAGAUUUGAAUAUUCAAUAUAGAGAUAGCUGAUGCCUGAAAUGCUGAAAUCUGAAAAUGGCAAGAACUCGCUCGCCCUUGACUAUUGCAUAGUUUGUCAAAAAUAUUAAUCAACAUUGUUCAAAUAUCCAAUGCAAGAAUGACUAUAAGUGGCCAACUUUUGACGCACACUUACGAUCGUUCAUAAAAAAUUUUUGCAAGUUUUAUAUAUAAACUAUAUUGAGAAGAAUGGGUAUCGGAAAGUCGUCCCAAAGACAAACAUAUGUUUUUGCUUUGUUGCCUUCGGAAGGUGCUCUACUUCAAUGUAGUUUUUUUCAUUGUUCUAUGAAUUUUUUGGUUUUUUAUUAUUAGUUUCACAAUCAGUAUUUAAUUUGCUGCGGCUAUGUCUUUAACUGUGUUAUACACCUUAGGUGUUAGUCUCUUGGUUUUUUUGUUAAGUUGUAUUGCUUUGUAUUUAAGCAGAGGCAGGAGAAAUAGAAAAAAAGCGCCCGUAGUCGUGACCGCAGCAACACAUCAAACAAAUACCGCUCCACGUAGCUACCCAGUCAGUCAGGUUCCCGUAACUGGCACCGUCAAUGCAGGCUAUCAAGCUCAGAUUUAUGCAGCGCCAUAUCCCACCCAAAAUUUUCCCACACAAAUGCCAAUGCCAAUGCCAAUGCCCACAAAUCAAACGGCACCACCGCCAGGCGUACAUCCUCAUAUCGCGCCUGUUCUGGCCAUGCCAGCAGCAGCUAGUAUGCAUCCUCCGCCCUAUGAUGUCGCCGUAGCUGGCGGUCCUCCAAUGCCUGGUGUUACUGCUUAUGAAAAGCAAUCAGCCUACAAUCCAAAUUUCGCCAAUUAAAAGAAGACUUUCGCAAAGUCAACAACAAUAAAUGUCAAGUGUGUGCAGGCAGGUAAAUGCUACUUGUUCGCAAAGGAGCGGGACAACAAGAAAACUUUUACAACCAAAGUGUUAAAGAAGUAUUUUUCUGGCUACGAUUUCCGUGAACAUCUAAUUGCUUCCUUCAAUAAUCGUUAGCUUUGGGGUUUAUAUGCUAAACUGUAUUUUUAUAUAUAUAAAUAUAUAUAUAUAGAUAUCGAUACAUAUAUAUAUAUAUUUGUACAUCUUAUUCUCUUUUUGCACGAACGAACGGUCCCAGCAAAUUCGUGUAAAAAAAACUCGAUAAGAAAAAUUAAUUAAAACUAUUCAUAAAAAAA